CGGCCCAGCCUGAGUCAGGCUGAGGGGCGGGACUGGGACCAGGGUCGCCACUCCUGUCCCCGCCGUCGUCAGCCACAGUUGCCGCCGGACCCCGCUCCUCACCAACUUGGCAAAAAUGUCCAAACCUACAGAGACUGAGCGAUGCAUCGAAUCCCUGAUUGCUGUUUUCCAAAAGUACAGUGGGAAGGAUGGGAAAAGCUGCACACUCUCCAAAACUGAGUUCCUCAGCUUCAUGAACACAGAGCUGGCCGCCUUCACCAAGAACCAGAAGGACCCGGGUGUCCUGGACCGCAUGAUGAAGAAGUUGGAUCUUAACAGCGAUGGGCAACUAGAUUUCCAAGAGUUUCUCAACCUUAUUGGUGGCUUGGCUAUAGCAUGCCAUGAUUCCUUCCUCAAGGCUUCCCAGAAGUGUAUCUAACCCUCCCACUUCCCAGAAGUGUAUCUAACCCUCCCACUUCCCUUCAGCCACCAAGUCAUCACAUCCUCCCCCAUCCACACCUGCACUGAGCCCACCACACUCACCAUAACAUGCAGCUCAUUCUUACUAGCAGAAAUAAAACGAUGCCAUUUUUUUAAUGUA